AUGGUGUCCCAGAAUUUGGUGCGCUACAUUGGCUACGCUGGUGCUGCCGCCAACUGGCUCAUACCCAUCGCCGGGAUUAUGAAUCUUCCAACCCGACCUAUGUCUGACAUUGAUCCAGUUAUGACGAGCGUUAUGUGCGUCUAUAGCAUAUUCUUUAUGCGGUGGUCUGUCGCUAUUCGUCCAGCGAACUAUCCGCUUUUUGCGUGCCACGCCACAAACAGCACAGUGCAAGCUGUCACGUUGAGCCGCUGGUGCUACGGCAUUGCAACGAAGCCAAAGAAGGCCAUUGUGUAA